AUGGAAGGCAUGGUGAGGAAAACCCUUUUGAUAAUUCUUUGCCUUUUCAUCUCAUCAUCACUCACUUCUUCCCACCCGAAACCAGCCAAACCUUGCAAACGAAUCACACUCUAUUACCAUGACACUAUGUUCAAAGGAAAUAACGUCCAAAACGCAAGUGCUGCUGCCAUCACCAACUCCACGGGCCUCGGCUCCUUCAAGUUUGGAGAGACGGUUGUUUUCGACGACCCCAUGACCGAGGACGGGGAUCUCGCCUCCCCGGCCAUGGCAAGGGCACAAGGGUUCUACUUCUACAACAUGAAGAACACUUACAAUGCUUGGUUCGCUUACAGUCUUGUCUUCAACUCGAGCCAGUACAAGGGGACCAUCAAUGUAAUGGGAGCCGAUAUAAUGGAUGUCGAUAGAAGGGAUCUUUCGGUGGUUGGAGGCACAGGGGAUUUCUUCAUGGCUAGAGGGAUUGUCACUUUCAUAUCGGAUGUAGUGGAGGGUGCUGAUUAUUUUCGGUUGAAGAUGGAUGUUAAGUUGUUCGAAUGCUACUAAAAUAGGUCAAUUUCUAGGUCGAAUAAGACUAUUGAUAAUAAUGCAUUCGUUAUG